GGGAAAUAUCAUAGACUUCUAAUUUAAAGCUCUAGUCCACCCCAACAACUCAACAGCACCAUCCCAUCUUUCAUUCUUUUUACGCCACCUCCAUCAUACACAAACAUCUUCUUCAUCGUUGAUAAUCAUGGCCUCUAGGUUUCCAUCGAUUGAGGAAUUCGAUGAGGGGCAGACCUCCGCUACCACUGGCGGUGAAACCCCUUUAGAUCUUGGGCUUGGGGGAACGAGCGGAAUGGAUUUCUCUGAGCGCGAGAGACUUGCUUUAGGAGAAGACGCAGCCCUUUUUGCUAAUCCAGCCGAUUCUGAUCUCCUUGGUGGGGAUAGCGAUGCUCAGGAGAAAUUCCAGCAGGAUUCUUAUGAGGGCACUUACUUCCCAGCUCUCGAUAAUCCGAGCAUCGGUCCUGGAGGUGUUAUCACUGGAACUUCGGAGCCUUACCUCCCGAAUCAGAAUACUUAUUCCGGGAUGUCAAUACAGCCUGAGGAGGAGGAACCCGAAGUAAUCAAGCAAUGGCGCGAACGUCAAACUCUAGAGAUUCAGCGCCGUGAUGAGCUCUCGGAAACUCGCAAGCGUGAGACUAUCGAGAAAGCUCAGCGUGCCGUCGACGACUUCUACGAGAACUACAAUUCCAAGCGUGACAAGGCCAUCGAGGUGACCCGUACCGAGGCACAGGAGUUCUUGGACUCUCGCGAGAAUACUACUUCCGGAGGCACCUCUUGGGAGAGAAUUGCAAAACUUGUUGACCUGACCGAAAAGGGUGCAAGAGGUGGCAAAAGCGACAAGACCAGAUUUAGGGAAAUGCUCUUGAGCUUGAAAAAGGACGAGAAGGCGCCCGGCGCUAGUGGUUUCUGAAAGCCCUGAUGGUCCGAUUUAUGGGUGGUCUUUUUCAAUAAAAAAACAAGCAAUAGGCGGGGAGCAUAGAAAUUCUAAUUUGGGUUUUUUUACAUAUAUCUUUCUGUGCUAGGAGGAUGUCUGUACGAAACUGUAGCAGGGGCGUUGGCGGAUAUUUUUAUUUUCCUUGUGGGAUACCUUUGUUGCUACUGUUGUACUAACUACAUCAUCCACUCCUGAUCCAUGAAAUUAUAUCAUACCAAAACCGA